CCAAAUUCAUCAACAUUACACAAACGCAGAGAUGCAGAGUUUAUCAACAACAACACGACGUCGUUUCCUUCAUCGUUCCUCUCUAAACUUGAUCAAUCAAAUCAUAAGACGAUCAUCAAGUACCCUCACCAUCAACACCCCUCUCUCCGAUCAUCCACCCAUCUCCGAUCCCGAUUCCAAUUCCGCCGUGUUAGCGGAACACAAUGCAUGCUCAAGAACCGUGCUUCUCAACAGACCCUCGUCCCUUAACGCACUCAACACUUCCAUGGGAAAGAGGUUGCAGAAACUGUAUAAAAAUUGGGAAGAAAAUCCUGAUAUAGGUUUUGUGGUAAUGAAGGGUAGGGGCAGGGCGUUUUGUGCCGGUGGAGAUAUUGUUUAUGUUCAUGAUAUGAUAAGAAAAGGUAAUAUUGAAGGAUGCAAGGAAUUCUUUUGGACUCUAUAUAAGUUUAUGUAUUUUGUUGGGACUUAUUUAAAGCCACAUGUGGCUAUCUUGAAUGGGAUUACGAUGGGUGGAGGGGCUGGAGUUUCCAUUCCAGGAACGUUCAGGGUUGCAACUGAUAAAACUACUUUUGCUACACCUGAAACAUUAAUCGGUUUUCAUCCUGAUGCGGGAGCUUCCUUUCAUCUUUCACAUCUUCCCGGUUAUUUAGGAGAGUAUUUAGCUUUAACAGGAGACAUGGUAAAUGGAGUAGAAAUGGUUGCAUGUGGACUUGCUACACAUUAUUCGCUCAGUGCAAAUGUUCCGGCAAUGGAAGAUUGUCUUAAGAAACUAAUAACCGAUGAUCCUUCUGUCGUUGAAUCGUGUCUUCAAAAGUAUAGUGAUCUUGACUAUCCCAGUAAUGCAAGUGUUAUCCGCAGGACCGAGACACUUAACAAAUGUUUCAGCCUUGAUACUGUCGAGGAAAUCAUUGAUGCCUUGGAAAGUGAAGCUGGAAAAACUAAUGACGGAUGGUGCGACUCCAUCUUGAAGAAACUAAAAUACGCAUCACCUUUGAGCUUGAAGGUUGCCUUGAGAUCCAUACGAGAAGGCCGGUUUCAGACUCUUGAUCAAUGCCUAAUUCGUGAAUACCGGAUGUCAUUACAAGGAGUUGUUGGACAGAUUUCAAGUGAUCUCCAUGAGGGUGUUCGGGCACGAUUGGUGGAUAAAGAUUUUGCACCAAAGUGGGACCCACCAAGCUUAGAACACGUAACGCAAGACAUGGUGGAUCAGUACUUCUCUCCCCUCAUUCCACUCGAGCCUGAUCUGGAUUUGCCUACGAAACAACGAGAGGCGUUCACGUAAAUAGAAAGGAAUGUAAAACUAAUGAUCAUUGUGUAUACUCUUUUAACUUUUGUUGAAGGUUUGGUGCAUAGUCACAUAAAUCGCUCAGAGUCUCGCGAAUUCCAUA